CGUCGGGAACAUCACAUUAUCUAAUGAGGCGGAGAAGGAAAGGUAGCCAGAGGACAAGCUGAAAACCAGGGUGGUUUGCUAUCCUGGAAACCAAGGAGAGAGCUUUUUGGGCAGGAGACAGCUAAGAGUCAUCAAUGGCUACACAUGUUAUACACAGGAUCACUGUCUAUGAAAGUCAUAUUUGGAAUUCUAUCUUCUUUAUCUGCUUUCAAGAUAGUUACUGAAAUUGAAUGCAUAAAACAGGAAUACUUGUAUAAUUUAAUCAGGGAUGCCUGUGGUGAACCACCAAAAUUCGAAACUAUGAAGCUCAAGGGUAAACCUAAAAAAUAUUAUGAGGUUGGGGAGAAAAUAUAUUAUGAGUGUCUUCCAGGACGCAUUACUGUGUUUCCCGUCAUGGCUUAUUGUGAGCAGAAUCACUCGUGGUUCCCUCUCCAAGAAGCUUGUAUGAAAAAAGAAUGCGAUAGGCUAGCACUUCAACAUGGUGAAGUUGUUGCCCCAAAUAAAACCUUUUCGUUUGAUCACGAAGCUCACUUUUAUUGUGAUGAGGGUUAUUACUUAGUUGGGCAACAAGUUAUAGUUUGUAACCUUCGUGGAAAUGACGUGUAUUGGAGUGAUAACCCCCCACAAUGUAAAAAGAUUUACUGUCAACCGCCUGCAAAAAUAAAUAACGGAAAAUACAGCAAUAGCCACAGAACUAUAUUUGAAUAUAAUGAACUAAUAACUUACAGUUGUAAUCCUUCACAAGGAUCAGACGAAUUUUCACUUGUUGGAGACAGCAAACUUAUUUGUGUUGGGAAUAACAAGUGGAGUAGUGACCCUCCUCAGUGUAAAGUGGUCAGAUGUGAACAUCCAGUACUUGUGAAUGGAAGACUGGUAUCAGGAGUCAGAGAAACCUAUUCCUACCAAGCAGUGGUUCUAUUUGAAUGCCUCCCAGGUUUCUAUCUUAAUGGCAGCAACCCAGUGUUCUGUGGUGGGAGAAAUACUUGGGAACCUGAGAUGCCGACAUGUAUUAAAGGUUUCAAGCCUACUCAUCCAACCAAACCUCCAGUUUCAAAGUAUCCAGGCUAUCCUGAGCCCAAUGAAUCAGCAUUAUUUGAAGAAUUGGAGGAAUUAGAUGCAGGUAUCAUUGCUGUGAUUAUUCUUACUCUCCUUGUCGGCCUUGGAGUACUUUGCACCUGCCUGUACAGAUGUCUUCAAAGAAAGAAAGGGUAAAUUAAAGGACAUUUCUUCCAA